UGUGGUGUGAAGAUGGAGGCUCCUGAAUACCUGGACCUGGAUGAGAUCGACUUCUCUGAUGAUUCAGUGUAUUCUGUGACGUCUCUGAAGAGCAUCCCAGAGCUGUCGAGGAGGAGCGAUGGUCCGGCUGAGGAGAGACCAGCUCCAGCCAUCAACUGGAGUCGUGGCGUUUCCUCCCAUGGUGGCGGGGGAAUCAAACCCACGGGGCUCGCCGAGGUCCACAGUAAGUUCCGGCCGGUGAAGAGGGUCUCCCCUCUCAAACACCAGCCAGAGACGACCGACUCAGACUCUGAUGGGAAGCUCCAGGGUCAGGGGCCGGGUCUGGGGGAGCCGGGGGAGGGCAGCAAAGACGACCCCGGCUCCGACAAGCCGACUCACGCCUCCUCCACCUCCUCGGACGGGCCGGGGGGGAAGGUGAAGGGCCUGGGGGGCGGCGUCGGCGUGGUUGGAGGGAACAACCCUCAGGCUCUGUUCGGGGAGCUGGAGCACUACGACCUGGACAUGGACGAGAUCCUGGACGUGCCUUAUAUCAAGUCCAGCCAGCAGAUGUCCACGCUGCCUCGCGUCCCCCACGACAAGCGCUCGGUGACGGGGAGCAACCUGGGGGGGGGCACCCUGGAGAGGAACCGUGGGGGAGGGCUGAAGAGCUCCGCUUUAUCCCACAACGAGCCUCUGAGCCUGGGCAGCAGCAGCUCACAGACUCCGUACUGUGUCCUGUCUCCGGUGAAGUGGUCGGACCUGAGGAAGUCCAAGUCGAUGGACCCGGACCUCCACCACCUGCACCGCUCCCCGGCAGGAGGAGGUUACCAGCCGGAGCUGCUCUCCUCCGGACUCCUCAGCUGCUCGUCCUCCCUCUCGUCUUUCUCCGACGCAGACAAGCUGCUGUCGGCGCGGGUCUACCCAGACUCCCAGGCCCAGAGGCCGGGUGUGGAGGCUGCCGGGGGCCCGGGGCUGAUGUUCUCCCUGCCGGGGUGCAGCGUGAGCAGGCAGGACGGCUCCAAGCCCUGGGCUGCCGGACCGGGAGGAGGAGGAGGAGGAGGAGGAGGAGGAGGAGGUGCAGGAGGAGGCGGGGGGCCGAGGGGGUUCGGAGGAGGUGGAGGAGCAGGAGCGGAGGUGGAUGAGGAGACGAAGAAGAACCAGAACAUCAUCAACAUCGUGAGAGAGGGACAGAUCUCCCUGCUGCCUCACCUGGCAGCAGACAACCUGGAGCUGAUCAGAGACGAGGACAGGAACAACCUGCUGCACAUCUCGGCCUGUCAGGGUCACGCCGACUGUCUGCAGCACCUCACCUCUCUGAUGGGGGAGGACGGCCUCAACGAGCGCAACAACCAGCAGCUCACCCCCGCAGGCCUGGGGGUCAAGAACGGUCAUCUGGAGUGUGUGAGGUGGAUGGUGAGUGAAACGGAGGCCAUCGCAGAGCUGAGCUGCACCAGAGAACAUCCCAGUCUGAUCCACUACGCAGCCCGCUACGGACAGGAGAAGGUGUUGCUGUGGCUGCUUCAGUUCAUGCAGGAACAGGCGAUCUCUCUGGACGAGGUCGACCAGCACGGAAACACGGCCGUGCACGUGGCGGCUCAGUACGGACACCUCACCUGCAUACAGACUCUGGUGGAGUACGGCUCUAACGUGACGGUCCAGAACCAGCAGGGCGAGCGGCCUUCCCAGAGUGCCGAGCGGCAGGGACACACCACCUGCGCUCGUUACCUGGUCGUCGUGGAAACCUGCAUGUCUUUGGCCUCGCAGGUCGUUAAACUCACCAAGCAGCUGAAUGAACAGGCAACAGAGAGGAUGGCUCUACAGAAACAACUGCAGAGAGUCAUGGAGCCCAACAAGGCCGAGGGGACGCCUUCCCGCUCUCCCAGCUCCCAUCAGCCCUCAGUGGAGGCGUGGCCAGAGAUGAUGCUGACGGCGGAGGGGACUCCGGGUGACGGUCACUGGCUGGUCCGUCAGGGAGGGGUGGGUCAGGACUCUGUGCUCAGGCAGCUGCUGGGGAAGGACGUGCCGGAGACGCUGUGUCCCAGGGAGAGGCUGCCUCUGUCGGGCGGCCUGAGCAGAGAGGGCCCCUGCGGCGCCGGGGCCCCCGGGGGCCGCAGGACGGGGCUGGUGGAGAGGAGAGAGCUCAAACUGGCGAGACUCAAGCAGAUCAUGCAGCGCUCCCUCAGCGAGUCGGAUUCAGACGGUUACCCGCCAGAGGAAGGAAAGAACCAAGGAGCCCCGCCCUCAAACACUCUGCGACCUGAUAGGCCGUCCCACCUGCCAAUCACAGAGGAGGAUCCGGUGUCGAACCACCUCCAUUUGAUGAUGAGAAAGCACCUCCCCGCCUCCUCCUCCUCCUCUUCCUCAGCUGAGAGGAAGCAGGCGUUUUCUGUUAGUGGCUCCAAGUCGGUCGACAGCGUCGGUUAUAACCCCUCCCCCACCUCCAGCGACCCCGAGGCCGCAGACGGCAAAACGCCAGAUGCUUCCAGCGACCUCCACGACGCCGCCAACGGCCAGAAGGUCGCCACCAGCCCCAAGAGCGCCCUGAAGUCCCCGUCGUCUCGCAGGAAGACGUCCCAGAACCUCAAACUGAGGGUCACCUUUGACGAGCAGGUCCACAAGAGCUCCAGUCAGGAGGCGGAGCCAACCAAAGGGCAUCAUGGGAAGGAGAGGACUCCAACAGGAAGCUCGGAAAGCAAGCGUCCGUUUGGGACGUUCCGCUCCAUCAUGGAGACGCUGAGCGGAAACACAAAUCACAACAACAACAACAACAACAGUGGCGGCGGCGGCGGGGGUGGGGGCGGUCCAUCGGGCUCUGCUGUCAAACUGCCCACCUGUCAGAACUCACCUGGCAGGAAGUCGGAGAGUAAGAGCAGCCCGGGGGGGGCCAAGAGCAAGAGCAAAACCAGUAACGUCUAACCACCCCAGUGCCUCCUGACGGGCAGAGAGCGAGCAGCAAGAGGCAGGGAUCAUGGGAAAUUUAUCGCCAGUCACCUGAUUUAAAUACGUCGUGUGUUUAAAGUCGAACCACUUCCUGUCGGCGUCAUAGCAACAGGUCGUACACGGGAGACGUCAGAAAUAUCUGUUUCACCAGCGUCACAAAGUGUUUCCAACGAGUCCGAACCCGAAGACAAACUCUCUCCAUCAGGCGACGUGAAGAUUAAUAUAUUUAAAAACAUGAUUUAAUAUAAUUCACAGUGUCAUUAAAACACGACACAAAUACAUUUGAAUAUGAAAUGAAAAUGCGUCGCAUCACGACACGAAAACUAAAAGAAGCGAUAAAAGACAGAAUAAAACUUCAAGUGAUGAAAUCCCGCGUGAUUUCAGAUCAAUGAGACUGAAGGUUUUUUUGUCUCUUCAGCUUCAGUGUUUUUGCGUCGAGGUGGAAACGCUGACGCUCGUGUUUGUUUUGGAUACAGUCACAUCAGCUGAUUACAA